UACCGUCUCUCUCUCUGUUGCUCUGAAAAAUACUAAAACCAGUGCCGACCGUUAAUAUACCGGCGGCCGGAUUAUAUUAUAUUUUUGACAUUUUAUCGCGGGCCGGAGGGAGGAGGGUUGCGGGCCGGAAAUGGCCCGCGGACCGGCAGUUUGUCAUACAGAGACAAAAAGUCAACAAAUGGUUAUCAGUUGAACUAUUUAGCAGGGGGUGGGGCUUCUGCACUCCAGGCCACUGAACUGCCAAAGACUGUGCAGAAGCAGAGUAAGGAGAGUCUAUUGUACUCAUAAACUAAAUACAGACAAGCAUGGAGCUCGGAUCAACAGUUAGUGCAGUGAGGAGUAAGAGGGUACUGGUUGGUGAGGAAGUCCGUCCUGCUGUGGUCCUGAUAAAGGAUGGGAAAAUCCAUCAAAUACUCUCAGAGGGGGACUUCACUGGGGAUGUUGCCUGUGAGGCGUUGGAUGUGGGUGACAGUGUGGUGAUGCCGGGCAUUGUUGAUUGCCAUGUACAUGUGAAUGAACCAGGCCGCACGUCCUGGGAGGGUUUCUGGACCGCAACCAGGGCUGCUGCAGCUGGAGGGGUGACAACCAUUGUGGACAUGCCGCUAAAUAGCAUCCCUCCAACUACAACACUUGGUAAUUUUCGUGAGAAGCUGCAGGAGGCGACGGGGAAGUGUUUUGUGGACACAGCCUUCUGGGGAGGUGUGAUUCCUGGCAAUCAGCUAGAACUUCAGCCCAUGAUCCAGGCUGGAGUGGCCGGCUUCAAGUGUUUCCUCAUCCAUAGUGGGGUGGAGGAGUUCCCCCAUGUGACUGACUGUGAUCUGCACACAGCCAUGAAGCAGCUACAGCGCACAGGAAGUGUCCUGCUGUUUCAUGCAGAGAGGGAUGUUGAGCAGACAAUAGAGGAGAAUGGCGAUCCUAGUCAGUACUCCACCUUUCUGCACUCCAGGCCAGAUGUCAUGGAGAUAGAGGCAAUUCGCACUGUCACAGAACUCUGCCUCCAGUAUCAGGUGCGGUGCCAUAUAGUUCACUUGUCCUCUGCAAAGCCAUUGAAACUGAUCCAGGAGGCACGGCAGGCCGGAGCCCCCUUGACAGUGGAGACUACACACCACUACCUCAGCCUGUGUGCAGAGAACAUACCUGCAGGGGCCACACAAUUCAAGUGCUGCCCCCCCAUCAGAGGGUCUAUCAACCAGGAGCAGUUAUGGUCCGCACUGAAAGCUGGGCAUAUUGACAUGGUGGUGUCUGAUCAUUCCCCCUGCACCCCUGAUCUGAAGAAACUGGAUAGUGGAGACUUCACUCAGGCUUGGGGAGGAAUUUCUUCUCUACAAUUUGGUUUGCCUCUGUUCUGGAGUUCAGCCAGUAAGAGAGGCUUUCAGCUGUCUGAUGUGGUGAGACUCCUCAGCCGGAAAACCGCCCAGCUGUGUAGUCUCGACGGCCAGAAGGGCAGCCUCGCCCCUGGCUAUGAUGCUGACUUGGUCAUAUGGGACCCAGAGAGAGAAUUUGAAAUUAAAGAAGCAAGCGUACAUCAUAAAAACAAGCUAACUCCUUACCUCGGCGUCACACUGCAUGGAGUGGUGUGUGCCACGAUCGUCAGGGGGCGACUGGUGUACAGAGAAGGCUCCUUGUGCCCCGAGCCUCUGGGGAAGCAUCUCCUCAUUCCACAGAAGUACAAUAACGCCCCCAGCCUUGUUGAAGAUAAUAACAACAAGCUACUGGAUGUGCUGGGCAUGUGA